AUGGAUAAGUCGUUGUAUCCAACUGAGGCUGAACUGCUCAAAAGUUUUGACGAUGAUCAUAAUCAGAUUGAAGGCACAUCGUCACCAACACCUCUGAUGGACACACCAUUUUUAAUGGAUAUUACAGAAUCUGGUGGUGUCAGUGAUGAAGCACAUAACACAACAAUACCUUUUCCUCCAAUGGAUUCAUCAUUUCUAACAGAUAUACCAUUUCCGGAAUUUGGUGGUGUGAAUGAUGAAACCCAGAAUGCAACAGCAUAUGUUCCUCGGAUGAACACACCUCUUCUAAUGGAUAUACCAUUCUCAGAAUCUGGUAGUGUCAGCGAUGAAACCCAUAAUACAGCAACACCUCUUCCCGUGAUGGUAAUGCCAGUUCAAACCAUUACACCAUUCAAUGACUCCAACAAAGAUUUUUUGCCUUCUGAUGCUGGUCCUAGUAUUGGUGUUAUCAAAAAAGGACGUGGCCGACCAAAGGGUUCGAAAAACGUGAAGGGAAGCCGGAAGAAGCAGAAAACUUAUGCUGCCAAUAGCAGAGUGGUUAUAUCAAACCCGAAUUUUAACUCGGGUAUAAUGGAAGCAGAGAAAAAAAAUGGAAACCAAGAGGUAGUUGAUUUAGUUCUGAUGCGGUUUGAAUCACUUAGACGCCGGUUAUGCCAACUAAACUGUGGAAAAAGCGUGCUUACAACAGCACUUACCAAUUGUAGGAACUUGGGUGUUAGGACCAAUACAAGGAAAAGAAUCGGCCCGGUUCCUGGAGUUGAAGUAGGCGAUAUAUUCUACUUCUGGGGUGAGAUGUGUCUAGUUGGGCUUCACAUGCAGAUGGUCGCUGGCAUCGACUACCUGACGGUUAAAGACGGCGCAACAGAAGGCCCUAUAGCUACGAGUGUCGUAACAUCAGGACACUACAGUGAUGAAACAGAGGAAAUUGAAUCUUUGGUAUACACUGGACAUGGUGGAACAGAUAAGAAUGGGCAGGCUGUUGAUCAGAAACUUGUGAGAGGAAACCUUGCAUUGGAAGCAAGUAAAAAUAAAGGGAAUGAGGUUAGAGUGAUCAGAGGCGAAGAAGACCCCAAUGACAAGAAGAAAAAAAUUUAUAUUUACGACGGGCUCUACAUUGUGUCUGAUUACUGGACAGCGAUAGGAAAGUCUGGUUUCGAAGAGUACAAAUUCAAAUUGGUGAGGAAACCAGGUCAACCUUUUGGCUACAUGAACUGGAAGUCAGCAGAACGAUGGAGGAAGUGUAGCUCGGAUAAUUCAAGAAAGGGUUUAAUACUUGCAGAUAUUUCUCAAGGACGCGAGGCAUCAUCACCAGUUCCGCUAGUGAAUGAAAUCGAUGAAAACAACAAGGAGACACCCGGAGAUUUUAGCUAUGGAAACAGUCAGCUUUUCAUGAGUAGGACGCUUGAUCUGCAUCAUAGAUCUAUCGGCUGCAGCGAUUGCUAUGGCCGACCAUGUUCCAUCCAUGAAGAUCCAAAAUGCUAUUGCAUCAUGAAAAAUGGUGGGGAAUCACCAUACCUAGACCAAAUUUUAGUAUAUCGGAAACCGAUGGUUUACGAAUGUGGUGAUUCAUGUGCUUGUCUUCUCGAAUGCAAACUAAGGAUAACUCAGAAUUAUUUGAAAAUCCGGGUCGAAGUGUUUAAGACAGAGAAGUGUGGCUGGGGAUUACGUUCGUUGGAGCCGAUCCGAGCUGGAACUUUCAUCUGCGAGUUCACUGGUAUGCGUAAGAUCAUAGAAGAAGUAGAAGAGGACGAUGAGUACGUGUUCGACACUUCUCGUUUUUUUAACCCGUUCAGGUGGAACUGCGAACCGGAACUUGUGGGAGAAGAUUGUUGGGAACAAGUCUCUGAGGUUUAUAACAUCAAGUCGCGAUUGUUGAUCAGUGCAAGAAGGAAUGGGAAUGUGAGUCGGUUCAUGAACCAUAGCUGCUCCCCAAAUGUGAUGUGGCAGCCUAUUGAGAGUGAAGAGAAUCGUGAGCCGUGUAUUCGUAUUGCCUUUUUCGCUAUGAGGCAUAUUCCUCCAUUGACUGAAUUGAGGUACGAUUAUGGAAUGUCUCAAGAGGUUGAAGAAGAAGAUGGGACUAAGGUUUCUAAAGGCAGCAAGAUUUGUCUCUGUGAUUCUGAAAAAUGUCGUGGUUCUUUUAGCUGA